AUGGCACAGCAGAGCCUCUUUCACCUCAAAUGGUUGAACUUCCCGGUGCUGGGUCCAUUGUUGUUUUCCACCUGUAUGAACAAUCUGGAUGAGAAUGUGGGUGAGAGUGAGAGUGAGCGGCACCAUAAAGUGUUCCGUGAUAACAUCCAGGGCAUCACCAAACCGGCCAUCCGGCGUCUGGCUCGCCGUGGCGGCGUCAAGCGGAUCUCGGGUCUGAUCUACGAGGAGACCCGCGGGGUGCUGAAGGUUUUCCUGGAGAAUGUGAUCCGGGAUGCGGUCACCUACACUGAACACGCCAAGCGCAAGACGGUCACUGCCAUGGAUGUGGUGUACGCUCUGAAACGCCAGGGCCGCACUCUCUAUGGCUUCGGCGGCUGAAAAACUCCCACUUCCUCCCGAACACAACACAAAGGCUCUUCUAAGAGCCACCCACCGCCUCACAGAGGGAGCCGUGUCCACAACCUUUUAAUUAUUUUUAUCGAUAUAUUUGGCUGAGCUACUUUUGAAGCAGAUUAAUCCGUUCCGCUUGAAA